AUGGGCCUGCAGAAAACGUACUCGAGAUUCAACAUCAAGGUUGAGCCUUUGCAGAUAGACCAAGCUAAUCUGAACAUUAAACGUAUGCUGGAUCUUAUGGCAGUUGGUCAAGACUCGGGGCCCGUUCCUCUGUACGUGUAUACUGUUCAGCGGAUUCUGCGGGAAAUGCGCCUUUUACAACAAAAGGCAGGAUCCCAAUUUGACUAUAUGGACUUCAAGAAAAGAAUCCUUAGCUCUGGCCUUCUUCCGGGUCAAAUCGCGCCUCUGAAGCAACGAUUGGAUAUGCUUGAAAGUUUGAUGCCCCCACAGCAGGCAGUCCUGAGCAAGAAAGGAAAUGGAAAGCAGGCGAAUCCUCAAGGAGCAGGCUCUGACUGGAUACCGAAGGCCUCACAAUUGACAAUUGUCGACCUCUCCUGUCCUUGUGUCUCUCCUGAUAUCGCUUGCUCACUUUUCAACGUUUGCUUUAGUAUUUUCAUGGAGCAGGAUACCAAGAUUGGCAGAAUAGUGGCCCUUGACGAGGCUCAUAAGUACAUGAAAGAUUCGGCCGAAGCUCGAAGCUUUACGGAUACCCUUCUCUCCACUGUUCGCUUACAGCGUCACCUCGCGGCCCGUAUCUUGAUUUCUACCCAAGAGCCAACGAUUUCAAGCGACCUUCUCAGUCUGUGCUCGAUCACUAUUGUCCAUAGAUUUUCGUCCCCUGCGUGGAUACGCGCACUACAAGGCCACGUGGCUGGAGCCGCCUUGGAUGCACAGUCGAAUCAAGAGACGUCGGUCUAUGACGAUGACCACCCGAAAAACGCUGGGAUUGCUAGAAAGUUCUCAUUGUUCCAUAAAAUCGUUCAUCUCCGGGUGGGCGAGGCUUUAAUAUUUUCACCGAGUGCAGUUUCUUGCACUGCUUCAGGAGGCUCGCAGGAGCUCAGGAAUCUGGGCUCGGGGCACAUGGUGAUCAAGAUUAGAGACAGACUGACGGAAGACGGUGGGAAAAGCGUUUUAUCUUCUUGA